AUGCUGAUCAUUACAUAUCCCUCCUGUUCCCCUGAUCAUAAUGAUAGAGCUAACGAGAGUUCGUGCGGCGCAGAUUUCACGUGCGGGAGCGGCCUCUGCGUGCCACAGGAGCAGCGGUGCGACGGCGACAACGACUGUGGCGACGGCAGCGACGAGCGCGACUGUCCUGAGGUCAAACUAUGUUCGUGCGGCGUAGAUUUCACGUGCGGGAGCGGCCUCUGCGUGCCACAGGAGCAGCGGUGCGACGGCGACAACGAUUGUGGCGACGACAGCGACGAGCGCGACUGUCCUGAGGGUGAGAUGCAGCUGUUGCGUGGUACUACACCUGCUGUGCAGCUGCUGAGUGGUACUGCACCUGCUGUGCAGCUGCUGAGUGGAACUGCACCUGCUGUGCAGCUGCUGAGUGUUACUGCACCUGUUGUGCAGCUGCUGAGUGAUACUGCACCUGCUGUGCAGCUGCUGAGCACUUGCACCGCUGGUUUCCUGUGCGGCGGCCGCCGCUGCGUGCCCGUGAACUUCCGCUGCGACGGCGACAGCGACUGCGACGACGGAGAAGACGAGCUCGAGUGCGAGAACUACAGACAGUGCCCCGACUCUCAGUUCGCGUGCCUCAACGGCAGGGAAUGUCUGCCUGCCAUCCUCCGGUGUGAUGGAGGCCCUGACUGCUAUGACGCCAGUGAUGAGCGAGAUUGUACCCAAGAGCUUUGCCAGGGCUUCUUGUGCCGGAACGAUUCCACCUGCAUCACCACACUGCAAGUCUGUGAUGAGACUGUUGACUGUCGUGAUGGAUCUGAUGAAAGUGAAUGUUCAUGCAAAGAUAACUACAUGAAAUGCGACAACGCGAGAUGUGUGCCUGAACGUUUCCGAUGCGAUGGCGACAACGACUGCGGUGACAUGAGUGAUGAGCGCAACUGCAGUGGAUCUCCUGAAGGAAACUGCAGCAACGACCAAUAUUCCUGUGCAAACGGGAGAUGCAUCAGAGGAAGCUACGAAUGCGACGGCGACAACGAUUGUAAUGACUGGAGCGAUGAACGGCACUGCGCGUGUUCCUCGGAACAGUUCAAGUGCGAGAACACCGGCCGUUGCAUCAGAGGGGCGUGGCGAUGUGACGGCGAUAACGACUGCGGCGACAGCAGCGACGAGCGCGACUGUUCUGUCUCAUCGUCAUCCAACUCGAGCUGCAGCAGCGGCCAAUAUUCCUGCGCAAAUGGCAACUGCAUCACAGGACGCUACGAAUGCGACGGCGACAACGAUUGCUCCGACUGGAGCGACGAGCGUCAUUGCGAGUGUUCUUCGGAACAGUUCAAGUGCGAGAACACCGGCCGUUGCAUCAGAGGGACUUGGCGAUGCGACGGCGAUAACGACUGCGGCGACAGCAGCGACGAGCGCGACUGUUCUGGCUCAUCGUUAUCCAACUCGACGGUAGGGUGCAGCAGCGACCAAUAUUCCUGUGCAAACGGGAAAUGUAUCACAGGACGCUUCGAAUGCGACGGCGACAACGACUGUAGCGACUGGAGCGAUGAACGGCACUGUGUGUGUUCCUCGGAACAGUUUAAGUGCGAGAGCACCGGUCGUUGCAUCUCUAAUGAGUAUCGGUGCAACAGCCUAAACGAUUGCAUCGACUGGAGCGAUGAAAGGAACUGCACAUGUACUUCGGAACAGUUCAGGUGCGAGGAAACAAGUCGUUGCAUCAGACGAACGUGGCGGUGCGACGGCGAUAACGACUGCGGCGACGGCAGCGACGAGCGCGACUGCCCAGGUUCAUCAUCACCUAACUCGACGGUAGGGUGCAGCAGCGACCAAUAUUCCUGUGCAAACGGGAAAUGUAUCACAGGACGCUACGAAUGCGACGGCGACAACGACUGUAGCGACUGGAGCGAUGAAGGGCAUUGUGUGUGUUCCUCGGAACAGUUUAAGUGCGAGAGCACCGGUCGUUGCAUCUCUAAUGAGUAUCUGUGCAACAGCCUGAACGAUUGCAUCGACUGGAGCGAUGAAAGGAACUGCACAUGUACUUCGGAACAGUUCAGGUGCGAGAACACAAGUCGCUGCAUCAGACGAGCGUGGCGGUGCGACGGCGAUAACGAUUGCGGCGACGGCAGCGACGAGCGCGACUGUUCUGGUUCAUCGUCACCCAACUCGAGCGAGUGUUCCUCGGAACAGUUCAAGUGCGAGAACACCGGCCGUUGCAUCAGAGGAACGUUUCGAUGUGACGGCGAUAACGACUGCGGCGACAGCAGCGACGAGCGCGACUGUUCUGGGUCAUCUUCGUCCAGUUCAAGUUGCAGCAGCGCACAAUAUUCCUGUGCAAACGGUAGAUGCAUCAUAGCAAGCCACGAAUGCGACGGCGACAACGAUUGUAACGACUGGAGCGAUGAACGGCACUGCGCGUGUUCCUCGGAAUAUUUCAAGUGCGAGAACACCGGCCGUUGCAUCAGAGGGACGUGGCGAUGUGACGGCGAUAACGACUGCGGCGACAGCAGCGACGAGCGCGACUGUUCUGGGUCAUCGUCAUCCACCUCCAGCGCGUGUUUCUCGGGACAGUUCAAGUGCGAGAACACCGGCCGUUGCAUCAGAGGGACGUGGCGAUGUGACGGCGAUAACGACUGCGGCGACGGCAGCGACGAGCGCGACUGUUCGGGGUCAUCGGGGUCAUCGCCGUCUAACUCAAGCUGCAGCAGCGACCAAUAUUCCUGCGCAAAUGGCAACUGCAUCGCAGGACGCUACGAAUGCGACGGCGACAACGAUUGCUCCGACUGGAGCGAUGAACGGCACUGCGCGUGUUCCUCGGGACAGUUCAAGUGCGAGAACACCGGCCGUUGCAUCAGAGGAACGUUUCGAUGUGAUGGCGAUGACGACUGCGGCGACAGCAGCGACGAGCGCGACUGUUCUGGGUCAUCGCCGUCCAGUUCAGGCUGCAGCAGCGGCCAAUAUUCCUGCGCAAAUGGCAGCUGCAUCACGGGAAGCUACGAAUGUGACGGCGCCAACGACUGCUCCGACUGGAGCGAUGAACUGCACUGCGAGUGCUCCCCGGAAAAGUUCAAGUGCGAGAACACAGGCCGUUGCAUUAAAAGGACGUGGCAAUGUGACGGAGAUAACGAUUGCGGCGACAGCAGCGAUGAGCGCGACUGUUCUGGCUCAUCGUCAUCCAACUCCAGCACAGACAGUAGCAGCAGCCUAUAUUCCUGCUCAAACGGGAGAUGCAUCAGCAUCACAGAAACUUCUGAAUGCGACGGCGACGACUGCAACGACUCGAGCGGUGAACGGAGCUGUCUGUUGUGA